AGAUUCUCUCACCGUCCAGGCAACCUCACGGCCUGACACGCGCCAAAACUGGAUAACACGCGAAGCAGAAAGAAAGGGGAGAAUUACGAACUGUUCGGAGCUUCAUAACCCCAUCGGCGGCCUGCAAUUUUCUUCAAAUCUUGCUUUGAUUCAUCAUUCUAAUCAUCAUCUCUCGCGCUGUAUCGAUUGAUCUUUGCACUUCGUUCAUGUGCUAAUGUUAGCAAUUCUCCUAUAAUCUCUCCUAAUCCAACAACGUUUAAGUUUUCCGGCGAUUCUAGGGUUGAAAAAUGCAUUCGAUCGAAAUACUAAGACCGGUCAUUCGUGCGAAUCUAAAUUUGACGGAUAAUCGCAACUACUUAUAUACAAAUAGCCUCUUCCGAACUCGAUUCAGAUUUCUUCAUCAAAAGCCAAUAUUUUGUCUCCCUAAUUCGUCGAUUGUUUUAUAUAGACAUUCUGGGUUCUCAAAGGGUCUUCUUAGCAGUUCUGACCUUUGGGGAGGACUUCUAUGGAGUCAAGGUUUGAGAGAUACUAGAAUUCAAGCUAAUAGUUCCUGCGAACAAGAUACGGAUUCCAAACCUGGUACAACGGAUAAUAGCGAAGCUAAGGGCGGCGGCGGAGGCGAGAGUAAAGGAGUGGAUAAAACUUCUUCGACUUCCAGUUCUCCACCGAGGAAGGGGAAGGGAGGUUGGUGGAAGAGUGGGAAGUGGCGGUGGCAGCCAAUUAUUCAGGCGCAGGAGAUUGGAAUGGUUUUGCUGCAGCUAGGGAUUGUUAUGUUCGUCAUGCGUCUUCUCCGGCCAGGUAUUCCUUUACCUGGGGCUGAGCCAAGACCACCGACUACCUACGUUAGCGUGCCGUAUAGUGAUUUCUUGAGUAAGGUUAAUAACAAUCAGGUCAAGAAAGUUGAGGUUGACGGUGUACAUAUUACGUUCAAGCUGAAGUCGGAGUCAUCUACUGUGGAAACUGAGGUAGGGAAUGCUAGUAGUAAAAUGCAGGAUUCGGAGUUGCUGUUCCGAAGCGUUUCACCCACAAAGAUAAUACUUUACUUGACUACUCGUCCUAGCGAUAUUAGAGCUCCUUAUGAUAAGAUGGUUGAGAAUAAUGUUGAGUUUGGGUCUCCUGACAAGAGGUCUGGUGGCUUUCUCAAUUCAGCUUUGAUAUCUCUAUUCUAUGUUGCGGUGCUUGCUGGACUUCUUCAUCGUUUCCCUGUAAAAUUUACACAGCAUACAGCUGGUCAGCUCAGGAUUAGAAAAUCUGGGAGCUCUGGUGGAGGAAAAGUGUCUGAACAGGGAGAUGCUAUCACAUUUGCUGAUGUUGCAGGUGUGGACGAGGCUAAGGAGGAGUUAGAAGAAAUUGUGGAAUUCCUUAGGAAUCCAGAUAGAUAUAUUAGACUCGGUGCUCGGCCUCCUCGAGGUGUCCUUCUGGUGGGUCUACCAGGAACAGGGAAAACACUAUUAGCAAAGGCGGUUGCUGGGGAAGCUGAUGUUCCUUUUAUAAGUUGUUCUGCAAGUGAAUUCGUGGAACUAUAUGUUGGAAUGGGAGCAUCUCGUGUUAGAGAUCUCUUUGCCCGAGCAAAGAAGGAAGCACCUUCAAUAAUAUUUAUAGAUGAAAUAGAUGCUGUAGCGAAAAGCCGAGAUGGUAGACAUCGUAUUGUCAGCAAUGAUGAGCGAGAGCAAACCCUUAACCAGUUGCUUACUGAAAUGGAUGGGUUUGAUAGCAGCUCCGCGGUGAUUGUUCUUGGAGCAACUAAUAGAGCAGAUGUAUUGGAUUCUGCACUUCGUCGACCAGGAAGAUUUGACCGUGUGGUUACGGUUGAAACCCCAGAUAGGAACGGGAGAGAGGCCAUAUUGAAAGUACACGUUACAAAGAAAGAACUUCCUCUAGGCGAGGAUAUUGAUCUUUCUGCCAUAGCUUGUAUGACGACAGGUUUUACAGGGGCAGACCUUGCGAAUUUGGUAAAUGAGGCUGCUUUACUUGCAGGAAGGCAUAAUAAGACUGUAGUAGAGAAAACCGAUUUUAUCCAAGCUGUGGAAAGAUCAAUAGCAGGGAUUGAAAAGAAGACUAUGAAGUUACAGGGCAUCGAGAAGGCUGUGGUUGCACGCCAUGAAGCUGGUCAUGCAGUAGUAGGGACUGCUGUUGCUAAUCUGCUGACUGGUCAGCCACGUGUCGAGAAGUUAAGUAUAUUACCGAGGUCUGGAGGGGCAUUGGGUUUUACUUACACGCCUCCAACAAACGAAGAUAGAUAUUUGCUAUUUGUGGAUGAAUUGCGUGGGCGGUUGGUUACACUUCUUGGUGGACGUGCUGCUGAAGAGGUUGUUUACUCUGGCCGUGUUUCAACAGGUGCCCUUGAUGAUAUUCGAAGAGCAACAGACAUGGCUUACAAGUCAAUAGCAGAGUAUGGUCUUAACGAGACUGUAGGACCUCUCUCAUUAACAACACUCUCCAAUGGUGGGAUGGAUGAAGGUGGAUCUGUUCCAUGGGGUGGAAAAGACCAGGGGCAACUCGUUGAUCUUGUUCAAAGAGAGGUUAAAUCACUCCUGCAAUCUGCGCUCGAUGUGGCACUUUGUGUUAUUCGAGCUAAUCCAACUGUCCUGGAGGGUCUAGGGGCACAUCUGGAAGAAAAUGAGAAAGUAGAAGGGGAAGAGCUGCAGGAGUGGCUGAAGAUGGUGGUUGCUCCAGCAGAACUCAAAUUCUUUAUAAGAGGGAAGAAACAAGAUGCAAUCGUUUCUCCUCUUCUAUCGGAAUCUUGAAGGUUAAUAAUUCCGUUAUUUAAUACAAACCUCGUGAAAUGGAAGAUCCUAGAAACAUCCCUCUUGCUAGUUAAGGUAAUUUUGGACUCCAAUAUUUUACCAUCAAGAUGGAUCUAGGUUUAUUUUUUCUUACUUUCUUUCAUUUGAAGCUGGUUACUAUUUUGAGAUAUCAGCAAGCAGGAGGAGGAGGAAAUGCUGUAAAUAUAAAAUAAUCAAUCUCAUAAUACAGAACUAACUGUUCAUAGCAGUGGUAAUUUAUUUAUUUUAUUACUGUGGUAAUUACUUAGCUACUCUCUGUAUUUAAAGUUUAAGCAUAUUCAAUUACUACCUUUUUAUGGUC